AUGGACACAACUAACGUCGGUAUUGUAUGCCCACCUUAUAGCGACAAUGCUUUCGGUCCUCGAAUAACCACGGCUUGUCGCAGUUUUGAUUUUACUCUGUUAUUUGAAGAUGCCUUCUUCAGUCUGCUACCUGCCGCCCUCUUCUUAUUGAUUCUACCAGGCAGGGUGCUGUAUCUUGCUAGAACAUCCGUAGACUUAUCAGGUGAUACUGACUCUUUGAUAUGCCAAUGGCAGAUCUCACUAAGCAUUUUACUUAUUCUUCAUAUCGUCUAUACAAUCCUCCAACGAGAAACUGCCGUUCUACGAACCACACUGUCGACAGCGUCAGAAGUAGUGCAGUCGUUGGCGAUUGCGGGAUGUAUCGUCCUUUCUAUCCUAGAAGAUCGAAGUCAUAUCUCCCCAUCGUCUUUGCUCAGUCUUUACUUGUCUGUCCUGACAAUUCUUGGCAUCCCGCGGUUACGCUCACUAUCGCUGAUACAGACAGAAAAUGUUUGCCAAGGCAUGUGGACAGCAAUAUUUAUAAUCACCGUCCUCGCUGUGAUACAACAGUCACUGUGCAAAAUCGGGUUCCUGCAUACUUGCUACGGUGAUAUUGGAAGAGAACAGCGUGUGGGAUUUUGGAGCAGGAGCUUCUAUACCUGGGUGAUACCAUUGCUUCGACAAGGGUAUCGGGAUAUCCUUGAGGUCGAACAGAUUCCGAAGGCUGAUACAAGGUUAGACUCGCAAUAUUCACUACGAAAAUUGCAACAUGCCUGGGAGAAUACAAAACCUAAACACCGACUUGUCAAGGCCGUCUUGCGCGCGUACCUGGACACCCUCCUGUUGGGAGUCCCCUCUCGCUUGGUGUUGAGUGCAUUCACCUUCUGCCAGCCUUUUCUUAUCAACACCACCAUUCAUUUGUUUCAGGAGAACGGGGAGGAUGUUCGCCUUUAUAGUAGGAUGCUCAUUCUUGCGUUUGCGUUAAAUUAUGCUGGCAUGGCGAUAUCAAGAGCCGUGUAUGUACGCCAGACGAACUGCCUCGCCGCCAUGGCCCGAGCCGGUCUUAUUUCCAUCAUCUACCAACAUACGACCGCCUUAACAAGAAGCGAAGUUCAAGACAUCGCAGCCGUCACACUGAUGGGGACUGACGUCGAGCGAAUAUGGAUUAGCUUGAAAAUCUUGCAUGAUUGUUGGGCAUCGCUACUCGAAGUUGCGGUCGCAAUCUACUUGCUAGAGCGCCAGGUCCGAGCAGCGUGUGUAGUACCUGCCAUUGAUGUACCAGUUUGCCUCUGUGGUACAUUUCCUAUUUCGACCCGCAUGGCAACGGCGCAGAGAGCAUGGGUCGAGAAAGUUCAAGUCAGGCUUACCGUCACCUCAACGAUGCUUGCGAGCAUAAAGACCGUUAAAAUGCUUGGUUUGACAGAUGUUCUCUAUUCGAUGAUAUCUAGCCUGCGGCAGAUGGAGCUAAAUACUUCACAGCGAUUUCGAAAACUACUUUUAUGGACAGUUUCUCUCUGUAAGGCUAAUAUCCCCCUCGACUUUGCCCCCUUUGCAACAUUUGGGGUUUAUGCGAUGAUAUCUGUGAUCAAUAAUGAUAAAUCUCUUCUAACUGCCCAGGCCUUUACCUCGCUCUCCCUGAUAUCUCUAAUGACCUCUCCGUUGUUGACGUUUGUGCAAGCCGUUCCACAGCUACUACAAUCCCAAGCUUGCUAUGACCGAAUCGAAGCCUACCUUUCAAGGAAUCCUAUUACGCUAAAUGACCAAGCCUUAGUGCCCAAUGUGUUCGAGAAAGCUGCAUCAAAUAACUCUAUCUCCUUAUCACCUUGCUCUAGGCAUGGAAUAGACAAAAACACCCUCAUCUCUUUCCGUGGGGCUGACAUAUCUUGGUCCUCGAAGUCCGAGCCUGUGUUCAAAAAUUUCAGUUUAGAUAUUGGGCAGGGGAUUACUAUGAUCAUCGGCCCUGUUGGCUCGGGGAAGUCCACGUUGAUUGAAACUAUUAUUAGAGAGACAAUUGUCCAGAAAGGACACAUUAACACCAACUUCUCAGAUGUCGCGUACUGUGGUCAAACACCAUGGAUUAUGAACAAGAGUAUUCGAUACAACAUCACAUGUGAAGACCUGGUGGACGAGGAAUGGUACAACCAAUGCCUUUCUAUAUGUUCUCUCAAGAAAGACUUGAUGCUCUUCCUGGCGGGUGACAUGUACGUCCCUGGAAGCGAUGGCAAUGGCCUUAGUGGAGGGCAAAAGCAGCGAAUAGCUCUUGCCCGGGCACUCUACUCCAAGCUUCCUGUCGCGGUCUUGGAUGAUGUUUUCAGCGGCUUGGAUCUCGAUAAUAUACGGAUGAUUUCUGAGCACCUUUUUGGGAAGAAUGGCUUUUUCCGAGGAGCAGGAAGGUCGGUCAUUCUGGCAACCCAUACUAGUUCUUUACUCUCAUUUGCUGAUGAAAUUAUCGUCCUCGACAAGGGCGCAGUCAGCAGUAGAGGAUCGUAUACUGAGAUCUUUUCAGCCGUCCCAAGAGUCGCCCUGCAGUCUCUAGAACAAAUCGACGAAGAGGACGUCCAUACCACUGACGAGAAAAUAAACGCUAACUCCCCGAUAUCAUUGGCAGUUGAUAACAAAGCAAAUCCCAGGGUUGACCAGCAAGAGCUCGACCUUUCUAGACGCGAUGGCACAUGGGGUGUCUAUAGAUUCUAUGCCCAAAAUGCUGGUCUGUGGACCGCCUGCUGUUUUGUGAUCAGUGCCUUCUUGGCAGCGUUAGUAAUGACAUUUUGCACUAUCUGGAUUCAAUGGUGGGCUGACUCCAAUGCAAAACAUCCUAACGCUGAACUGGGGCGUUACCUUGGGGUAUAUGCCGUUUUAAGCUUCUUGAAUAUCACUCUCUAUAUAUGCCUGCUCUUCAUCAAGGUGAUAAAUCAUACUGGCGUGGGCCUGCACACAAUCCUUCUGAAAACAACACUCAAUGCACCCCUUGCCUUCUUUUAUCAAACAGACAGUGGCACUACAACAAACAGAUUCAACCAAGACAUGGAUAUUAUUGAUAUGAGACUACCAUCUGCAGCGGUUGGUUUCAUCGGGGGGUUGGCUCUAUGCGUGGUAAAGCUCGUAGUACUGUGCGUGAUGGGCAAGUAUCUCGCUAUCUCCCUACCUUUCUUGAUAGGAGCGAUCAUAUUAAUCCAAAGGGUCUAUCUGCGGACCUGUCGCCAAUUACGAUUACUUGAUAUCGAGGCCAAAUCACCACUUUACUCUCAAUUCCUAGAGACACUGAAAGGGCUAUCUGUCAUCCGUACGUUCGGGUGGGAAAGCAGGCUUCACCACCUUUUCGAGGAAAACAUGAAUUAUUCCCAAAGACCAUUUUAUAUGCUUCUCAGCGUGCAACAAUGGCUUACCAUAGUUCUAGAUUUAGUUCUAGCUGGGAUGGCAGUUAUUCUUGUUGCCAUAACAACCUCACUUAGAGAUAAGUUCACCCCCGGAGAAGUAGGUGUGGCACUUAAUCUUACCCAACUGGAGAUCUCUAUUGGCGCUGUUUCUCGCGUGCAGCAGUUUGCCAAAACACCAUCCGAGCGUCGCACCCUUGCAGCAAACGCAGCAGCCAGUCAUGGAUGGCCUCGUGAGGGUACGGUGGUGUUUGAUCGUGUGACUGCAGGCUAUGGCAAUCCCCCAGUGCUCAGAAAUGUGAGUUUGAAUAUCAAGGCAGGACAAAAGAUAGCAAUUUGUGGUGCUUCAGGCAGCGGCAAGACAUCGCUAUUUAUGGUCAUUCUUCAGAUGAUAGACAACCAAUGUGGCUCGAUUUUGGUCGAUGGAACAUGCCUCAGUGACUUGGACCCAGAGGUGGUUCGGAGCCGUGUCAACGUGAUACCCCAGGAACCCUUCUUUCUGCCCGAAACAGUUCGAUAUAAUCUAGAUCCGCAUGCCAAAGUAACGGAUGAUAGACUUGAACUUGCGAUUCAGAAGGUCGGACUUUGGGACCGAGUGAGUGGCAAUGGUGGUCUAAACAUGCAGUUGAACCCAAGCACCUGGUCUUCAGGUGAAAGGCAAUUACUGGCUCUGGCUAGAGCUCUGGUCCGGGAUAGCCCGCUUCUGCUUUUGGAUGAAGCGGCAAGUAGUGUUGAUGACACCACUGCAACCUUCACACAGCAGAUCAUCGAGGAGGAAUUCCGGGACCAUACCAUUCUUGCUAUUUUACACAGGUUUGCUUGCAUCGAGCGCUACGAUUAUAUAGUUGUUCUGGAGAGGGGAGAGGUCGUCGAGUUCGACUCACCUACUGUGUUGCUUGGGAGGGAUUCGAAAUUUAGGACGCUUUACACUGCAAUGGAGAAGGAGGACUAA